UGUACUGGGAUUAAACUCUUUAAGUUUCGACUUGCGGCGAAUGACGGCAGGUUUCAUGGGCAUGGCGGUGGCCAUCAUCCUGUUUGGAUGGAUCAUUGGCGUGCUCGGCUGCUGCUGGGACAGAGGCCUCAUGCAGUAUGUGGCCGGCCUCCUCUUCCUCAUGGGAGGAACCUUCUGCAUCAUCUCCCUAUGCACCUGUGUUGCCGGCAUCAACUUUGAGCUUUCCCGUUACCCUCGGGACCUAUUCGGCCUAACUGAUGACAUCGGCCACGGCUAUGGCUGGUCCAUGUUCUGCGCCUGGGGAGGCCUCGGCCUCACCCUCAUCGCUGGCUUCUUCUGCACCCUGGCUCCCUCUGUCCAGCCGAUAACCCAAUCCACCUGCCCCAAGUCCCGACAGGAGAACGGCACUGUCUGCUAAAGCUGGCAUCUGUUAAAGACCAACUGAAACCACAGAUUGACAACAAACAAGCAGAAAAACUGUUCCUUGUUUCCAUCCGUUUGCUCAUCGCCAGUCUCUCCUGGAUACAGAUUUUAUAUUUGUGUGUGUGUUUAAAAAUGGGUGUCUUGAUGAUCUGCUAUCUUGAAAAAAAAACAAAACUGAAGAACUAAAGAAAUAUUAUCAAAAAUAUGAAGUUAUGCUUGUUUUGUUGUUGUGGAAUCUUGAAGAAAGGAAGGUUUCGAAGGUAAUACUUCAAGACACUGAAGACAUUUUGUAUUGGUUCCACCAAGAGGUGCUCUAAACCUCUAAAGGAGAUGGACAAACGUUCUCAGACUAACAAUUUCUUCUAUUAACUAGUCUACUGUGAUUGUGGAGAACUCUAUGACUCAGCAGUUUUGGAGGGAAACAGUCAGAUUGUUAAUAUUUCGUUUCUCACGGACUUGGUCUCUUGGAGCCUCCUGUGGGAUAAUUCACAAGGGAAUGGACCAGAUGUGAAACCAUGUAACUUACUGGGCUUGGAUCAUGUUUUGUGGCCAUCUGUUGACUUUCAGUACUCCAGCUUCAGAGUGGGACAUGCGGGCAGUGAGGAGAUCCAGGACCUCCACUGUACAUUAUUGUACAGAAUAUUCCACAGAAGUGACAACCAGGAACUUUUAUGUUGGACCAUUUUCAUUCUGGUGUAGGUGCAUUUCAUUCUGUCUGAUGAUCCCAUCUGGCAUUUAACAUUUUAUACAUGCAUCCCUCUUUCAUUUUCCUUUUUACUGAACCUUUCAUGUCGACUGAGUGUGCGUUCAGAGCAAGUGUUUGUUUGAUCUCUUUCUGUUCUAGUCAUAGAGGUAAAUGUGUGUGAGUGUGUGUGUGAGUCGAGGGGCUGUUUUGCAGUCUCCAUGUGAAAAAAAGAUCUAUUGAAAACCACAGUAUAGCUGAUCCAAAAACAAAACCUGAACUGGGAUCUGUCCAAGAAUAAUUCCUGCUAAUUACAAUUUGGGUCCUUUUAUACAGGCCCUCGUCCUGGAAAGAGAAAUCUGGAUGUGCUCUCUGUGGCUUGUAAAGAUUCUGGAUUAGAUUUGGGAGUCUCAACCUUUUUUUGGAUCUGGGGACUGGCAAGCAAGUCAGCAGCAGUCUUGCAGACCAGUGGCGUGUGUUCAGGAACAACUGUCAGAAAAUGCCUUUGUUCCAAAUAUUUCCGGUCAAGAUUCAGUCCAGUGGACGAUGCAUAAAGUGCCAGUAUGGGUUGUGUCUAGAUGUUAACCCAUACGUUUGUAGAGCUCUUGCAACAUGGUUGAGAUUAGGCAUUGACCUUGAAUGGUUGAGGUUAGGCGAUCAACAAGCCUCACAAGAGUUUUUGCACAUUUUAGAAACUCGUGGGUAACCAUCUCAACACGACUGCCAGUAUGCUUCAUCCCAACUGCUUGUCAGAUGGUCAGACAUCAGAAACACCCUCCACACAUUUCUAAUGUUGAAACUGGGAGGCUGGUGUCUGACCGUUCCUGUAACUUUCCAAAACCCGACAUUCACACCUACUUCAAGCUCUUUAGCUUUUGAUGUAACAAGACUGUCGACAUAUUUAAACGAUUAGCGAAUUCUGCCCUUUCACCGAGCCUUCAAGCUAUUAACACUUUAUUUCCGAACUGGAAGUCACUAUAUUUGGAUAAGAGGGUGGAGCCGGGGAGGAGUAAGGCGGGUGAGGCCAGGGACAUUAUCAUAACAAUUGCACCUUCAAUGAAAACCACUCACCCUUUGACAUCCAGCGAUACCCAACCAGAGACCAGCAGGGGGAGGAGAUAUAACUGAGUGUGUUUUUAACAAUGAUGUCAUUGUUAUCUGGGGACAACUGACGAUCAGAGCUUCAAUUUCUCAAUAUCUGGGGAUCAUGUUCUACCCAAGCCAGUCAUCAUAGAGCCAUUCCUCUGAGCCUUCAAACAAGCUUCUUAGACAAGACCAGAGCAUAAGUGACAGAUAAUAAACUGUGUCGAUUAUCCAACACAUUUAUACAACAACAUCAUUUUAUAUAAUAAUAAAGUCAUCAACAGUUCUAAAGCCCUUUGCUGAGAUAUCUGAUAACAGUAAAGAUGAGUAUCACAAAACACAGAGGGAGAGAGGUCUGCCCUGAUUAAGCCUGACUGACACAGUUUAGACCCAAACUUGACUUGACCCAAGACUAAUAUGCUACAGGUUUUGGGGAAAAAAGAACAUUUUAAGGUACUGUUUUUGUCUGAUCUCCACAAUCUUGAUGUGACAGUGCUGUGUGUGUGUAUAUAUA